GUUUUGGAUGAUGAGAUGAUGAUGUCUCCGUCAGAAUGUGUCGUCGAGCCGAAGAUCUUGUGCUUCUUCUGAUUCCGAUCCUUUUUGGAUAUUUUUCUCAUGCAUCGGAACAUGAAUGCAAAUGUGUGCUAUUUAAUGUGACAAGCGGGAAUUUUCAUUCUCCGGAGUUUCCGGCCCCUUUGGAAGGUGUCCCCUGCCUUUUUUAUCACUUUCAGGCACCACCGGACCAUAUAAUUCGAUUGACUUUCGAUGUAUUCCAGUUACCGCCACGAAUUGGAGUUUGUUCAUCUUCAAUUAUGCUUUUCGACCAUUCAACCGAUGGACUUAUCGAGUUUGGAGAACGAGCUGACUUUGAGUUUUGUGGAAAAGAAAUCUCUUCGGGACGUCAAUUCUUUUCAAAGGACCAGCACUUUCUACUGCAAAUUUCGAGUGGAAAAGAGUCAUCGCGUGGAUUUCGGGGAUCGUUUUUAGCAAUUCCUAAAAAAAACUUUACAAGCGAUGCGGUGGAAAUGGCAGAGUGCAGUUAUAGAGUUGAAAAGCAAAAGGCAAUAAUAUAUUCACCGGAUUAUCCAUAUUAUUAUCCAUCAAAAGUCAAUUGCACUUACCAUAUACCUCAAAGAAAAGGAUUUCAGAUAGUUGUAAAUUCAAUAGUCAUGGAUAUUGGCCGUGAUGCAAUUUUACAAAUAUUCGAGUCUGUUGAAGGAAAAUUCGAAAAACGUCUCAUUGAAAUGGUGACAUCCGUCCAGAAAUCAAUUUACGUCUCGUCGACCUCCUCGUUGUUGAUUUAUUUCUCAGCUGGGAAUAACGACGUCGAACGGGCCGUUGGCUUCGUAAUCGAAUUGCAGUACUCGAAUGCGGUUUGGAGCCAAUCUCCGGAAACAGCGUCCGAAUGUCAGCUGAACAUCAACUCGGAAAAUUUCAAAGAAGGUCAACUAUCAUCUGAUAAGAUUGGACGAUUCACUUCAUCAUCUCUUCCAACGAAAUGUCAAAUUGUACUACAGGGAUACCCAAAUGAGAAGAUUAGUGUAAAAUUUACACAUUUUAACUUGUAUGUUCCGGAUAACAAGAACGUUACCAAACGUUGCACAGAAGUGGAUAAUCUGUCUGCUGAUGUUCGAGUGGGGUCACGUCUUUCAAGAAUUGAUGAAUGGUGUGGUAAACGAGCUCCACCCAAUUUGAUGAGUAGUUCAAAUCUUCUACAAUUGGAAUAUAAUACAAAGUCAUCAAAGGCUAUUCGAGAAAGCACAAAUGAUGAUAUUGGUUUUCGAUUAGAUUACAAAUUUCAUACUGACUGGAAUAUGGGAAAUAUGAAAGCAAAAGUAGAUAAAAAGAAAGAAUGUCGCUUCUCAUUCAAUUCAUCAGAGCACACAAAUGGGAAACUUUGGUCUGCAAACUAUCCAGGAUUGUAUCCGAGAAAUUUAUAUUGUGAAUAUAUAUUCCAUGGAAGAAAUGAUCAAGUUGUUCAUAUUCAUUUUGAAUAUUUCGACAUUGAAGGUUUUAACCAAUGCGACGAAACAACUCAAAGUGAUUAUAUUCUAUUUUCAAACUAUCAGACUCAUGAUCGAACGAAUCGUCGUUUUUGUGGGAAAACAGCUCCAAAAGGUCCAAUAUUAUCAGAAUCCAAUUACUUUCGAAUGAUUUUCUCAACGAAUGACAUCUUUGAUGCAACCGGAUUUUAUGCACAUUAUCAGUUUAUCACUCAAGAGAAAUCUCAAAUCAGUCGGGUCAAGCUCACGAUAUCUUCUAGCCAAACUCCGUUCUCCUCAUUUUUCCUUGUGAUAUUAUUGUUCACCUUUCGAUACAUUGCCAACAUUUUUUAGCUGACUUAAAUACAUUUUUUCGUGUUUUUUUUUAGUUUUUAUAAAUUUGUUU